AUCACCCAUUCCAUCCUUUCUCAGCUUCUCUGUCUCUGAACGGCUUUCUUCCCCAACCGCAUCAACAACCGAGCAAGAGCAACCCUAGCAAGCGAGUAGCAGCGGCGGCCGGCUAUACACGAGCACGGGGCAUCAAACAGGCGGGUGGGCGACACCUGAAAGCUGGUGCAUGGCAGUGCCGCACCAAUAAGCAGCUGCGGCAAUCGGACGGCGCCGCGGCAGCACCGGCUCAAACGACACUAAAUGAAGAAUUGAGGCAACUUUGAUUAGUUACUACUCUACAUCCGUUCGGGCUAGCUUCUUAUAUGGCUAAUUCUUAUCUUUUAAAAUGGGAUAUGCUUUACUGAAGUACAUGAACUGACUGUUCCGCUGUUUUUCUAUAAAAUGGAGAACAAUUCCAGGCUCUACAUCUUGAGAUGUACACAGCUGACAGCCCUGCUGUUCCGCUGUGGAACAAAUUGAAGUUUCCCCAUCGUCCUAUUCGUAUUGAUAAACUCUGACGAUUGAUUAUUCAUGUGUAGUUUGGUGGGAGAUAUUUAGAGGCAUUAAUAAUGGAAAAAUUAUUUAUAAAUUUUGUUUGAACAAUGAAGUUUAUGUAGGUUCCACAUGCGUAUCCCAAAUUUUUGUCCUGCAUACGCUAUCUACACCUCACCUGCCACGCCAGACAAGCACAGAGAAACACGCAGACAACAGGCCAUGGCAUCACCACCAGCCAGGAGCAGCACCCGUCACUCCAAGAUCCCAGAGUUCUCGGUGGGCCCUAUCGGGCAGCCGAUGCCGGCAGUGGGGCUCGGCACGGCGUCACACCCGUUCGUGGCGGAAGACGUCAGGGCCGCUGUGCUCAUCGCGCUGGAGCUCGGCUACCGCCAUAUCGACACCGCCGCGCUCUAUGCCUCUGAGCGGGUCGUUGGCGAGGCCAUGGCUGAGGCAGCUCAGCAAGGGAUUGUGGCGUCCACGGAGGAGCUGUUUGUGACAUCCAAGGUGUGGUGCACGCAGUGCCACCCCCAACUCGUGCUCCCAUCCCUCAGGGAGAGCUUGUUGAACCUUCAAAUGGAAUAUGUUGAUUUGUACCUGGUUCAUUGGCCCAUGGCUGUAAAGCCUAGCAAGCCCCACUUCCCAAUGAAAAGGGAGGACAUUGUGCCCAUGGACCUGAGUGGCGUAUGGCAAGCAAUGGAGGAAUGCCAUCGGCUUGGCCUUGCUAAAAUGAUUGGUGUUAGCAAUUUCACAACAAAGAAGCUGCAGGAGCUGCUUGCCAUUGCAAAAAUUCCCCCAGCAGUAAAUCAGGUUGAAUUGAAUCCGACUUGGCAGCAGAAAAAACUAAUCGAGUUCUGCAAAGAUAAGGGUAUUCAUGUGGCUGCUUAUUCUCCCCUGGGAGGCCAAAGAAUAUCUAAAAUGAAUCCAGUACGACAGUCUGAGGUUCUGGAAGAGAUUGGAAAGGCUAGAGGGAAGUCAGUGGCUCAGAUUUCACUGAGGUGGAUCUACGAGCAAGGCGCAAGCAUGGCGGUGAAGAGCUUAAAAAGGGAGAGGCUUAAGGAGAACAUCGAAAUCUUUGGUUGGGAAUUGAGCGACGAAGACCGGUUUAAGAUUGGUGAGAUACCGCAGCACAAGUUGGUCACAGUGCAGAGUCUCCUAUGCCCUGAAGGCAUCUCCAAUGUGGAUAUUUCAGAUGUUGAUGUUCUUGAAAUGUAGCUGUGAUCUCCAUUUUCAGUCUCCAUUUAUUUCAGCGUGUUUGAUAUGGCAGAGGCAGUUAAGCCAUCUUUUGUUCUCGUGACCCCAUUUUUUCUCCACUACAAGUUACAUGACUUUGCUCUGCAUAAUUUGUGAUAAGAUUAAAUUACACAUUUUACCCUAGCAUAUGUACCAUCCAAAAUAAUUUUUAUAUGGAAAUAUGUUUUAGAGGUCAUCA